AUGCCUGAACUAAAUCUUAUUAUGGUACUAGAGAAUUACCCUGAUGUUCCUGAUAUAGGUUUUGUCUGUGCAUCGUUAAAGCACGCGUGCAAGGAAGACAUUACUGAAGUACCGCUUGAGCAACAUCUCUUUUACAACACUACAAAUGCUAUAAAAAUGAUGCGUAGACACGCGCGUGCCAGAAACUCAAGCUUGAAUCGUAUGAUGCGUGAGAUAGCUCAAUCCACUCGAGGAUUAACUGAUGCUAUGGAGAAACUUGCCGAGGCUCAAGCUACUGCUCUUAAUACUCAAGUUACUUAUGUUGUUGGCAAUGUUAGUUUAAAAACUGUUGUGAUUUAUAAGGCAAUUGAUCAAAAGAAACCUUCUUCUUUUGAUGGGAAGGGUGACCCUACCAAGAUGGAGAACUGGAUUAGAGAAGUUGACAAAAUUUUUGCCACUCUCCAAGUCCCUAAUGAGAUGAGGGUUGAUGCUGCUGCCUACUAUCUGGUUGAGGAUGCUGAUAUUUGGUGGACUCAUAACAAGUUUGAUCUGACUACUAAGGUGACUGUGGAUGAGGAAGGAGGAGAGCUCAUGGAAGAGAAAGAGAGUUUGGUUGGACUGAGUUCAAGAAGGACUUGGCUCGUUUCUCUAAGGGGUAGUUCCUGUGAGCAGGAGAGAGCGGUGAAAUUCGAGGAGAAGUUGGACCCUGAUCUUCAUUCUAGGAUGGGAGCUGGUGAGUAUACUAUAGUGAAGGAGGUGUACACUCGUGCUUGUAAUGUUGAGAGGAUUGAGGAAAAGAGACUAGCUGCAAAGAAGUUGAAAUCCACUCCAGCAGGAUCUACUCAGGCGGCAGAAAAGGGUGAUACAUCUGGUUCCACUGGUUACAACAAAGGUAGAGGAGGUUUCAAUAAAAAUCGAAACUUUAGGAACCGUGAUUCUGGUGGUAUCUAUUCUAGUCAGCAGUAUUCUAAGGAAAAUCAGAACUCCACUCCUUCCCGUAACCAGCCCCAAGGUAAGAUUCAGAGGACUGAUUGGAUUUUCUAUUGCAAACGUUGUACUGAGAACCACCCUAGCAAGGAUUGUGAUGGGAAUGCUGCACCUAAUCACAAUGGAGGGACUGCAAAUGCUACUCAAGGACACAAAGGUGAUGUGAGGAGGAACACUGGGCAAGUUCAUGUGAUGAACCGAACUGAGGCAAACACCAAGGGCAACAUGGUCACUGGUACUUUUUCUAUUCAUUCGAUGUGUGUUUAUGUGCUAUUUGAUUCGAGUGCUUCUCAUUCUUUUGUGUCUGAACUUCUUGUGAAAAAGUUAGGGUUAGAGAACUCUAGGACUUGUGAUGUAGACAUCUAUAUUCCUUCUGGUGUGAUUAUAACUUGGAUGGAUUGGCUUAGUAAGCAUAAAGCCAAGAUAUAUUGUGAGAAGCAAAAGGUGUAUGUAGUUGGUCCUAGUGGAGUCCAUGAGUUUUAUAGAGGGUCUUCUUUGAAAAUCAUUUCUGCUUUGACUCUAAAAUCCUAUUUGAGGAAGGGUUGUCCUAUGUACUUGUGCCAUGUUCACGACACUAGUAAGGAAGAGCCACGUGUUGAAGAUGUUCGUAUUGCUAAUGAGUUUGUACAUGUUUCUCUUGAUGAUAUUCCUGGCAUGCCUCCGAGACGUGAUGUUGAGUUCAGUGUUGACUUGAUGCCUGGAACUGGACCUAUUUCUAAGCCUCCUUAUAAAAUGGCGCUUGCUGAAAUGAGUAGGUAA